AUGGUCAAUCUUAAACCCACCUCCACGCGCGAUAGCGAUGUACUCGCUGCCCUUGGCAAGAAGCAAGUCCUUAAGCGCCGCUUCGGUUUCUGGUCGUUAUUUGGUUUUGCUGUGUGCGAGCUGGUGAGUGUUGAGCCCUUGAACAUAUUCUCGGGGCAAUGGAACGUGGGUGACUACUUGCGCUUCUUUAUCACAUGGGAAACAGUUCUUGCACUAUUCAGCCAAGGAUUUGAGAAUGGCGGCCCCGCCGGACUCGUCUAUGGCUUCAUCAUUGCCUGGUCCUCGACUCUAUCGGUCUACACUGUCAUCUCCGAGUUGGCCUCUAUGGCACCGAUCGCUGCAGGCCAGUACUACUGGGUCUACAUCCUCGCCGCACCAAAAUGGAAAGUGUUUUGCAGCUAUGUGAUUGGAUGGCUCACCUCGUUAGCCUGGGUUGCCACUGUCGCCACUGAAUGUCUCUUUGCUGGCACGAUUCUGCAGGGACUUCUGAUCUUGGACUAUCCAGACUACGAAUCGAAGCUCUGGCAAGGAACCAUGCUGGCCUGGCUUGUAACAACCGUGUGUGUCCUUGUCAACUCGGUCGUCCCAGGCAUGCUACCCAAGUUCGAAAUCUUCAUCAUCGUCUUCCACCUGGCCGGCUUUGUGGCAAUCGUGGCUGUUCUCUGGAAAUUUGCGCCUCAUAGUUCGGCCCACUUUGUUUUUGCAACCUCGCUCAAUGAAGGUGGCUGGCCUACUCAAGGUCUAUCAUACUGCGUUGGCUUUCUUGGAAAUGUUGCUACGUUUGUUGGCGCGGAUGCAUCUGUCCACCUGGCGGAGGAAGUCUCUGAAGCGGCGGUCAACAUCCCGCGAGCUAUCAUUGCAAGCAUGUGUAUAAACGGUGCUGUCGGUUUUACAAUGAUGUUGACUUUGCUUUUCUGCAUUGGCGACGUCGACUCUGUCCUGGAGACUGCCACCGGCUAUCCAUUUAUACAGAUCUUCAUGAACGCGGUCAACUCGCGUGCCGGUGCAACAGCCAUGGGCGCGGUUGUCUUGUCGCUCACUUGGGCCUGUGCUAUUGGCAUCACUACAACGGCUUCACGCAUGACCUGGUCAUUUGCGCGUGAUAAUGGCACGCCCUUUUCCUCCACUCUGUCCCGAGUUGCCAAGCACAAUCAAGUCCCCAUCAUCGCUGUCUGCGUUGUUGCCGGGCUUGCCGGGUUGCUGCACCUGAUCUACAUUGGCAGCUCCGUCGCGUUCAACGACGUGGUCAGCUUGACGAUUACCGGAUUCUACAGCUCGUACUUCCUACCGGCAGCGAUGCUAUUGUAUCGCCGUACGAAGGGACAAGUCCAUCCGUACGUACGGCCGGUCGAGACCCAGGGCUACGAUCCCGAGACCGGCCCUUCAGUCGAAGAGGAAAGUCCGAGCGACCACAGUGGCGGUCACCCUGCAGCGACUGACGAUGUCAAGAAAAUCGUUGCCACAGACCCCGCUACUGACGACAUUGACCACCAACACAAGCAAUCCAUCGCCCUCGAGACUGCGCCGCUGUCUUGGGGACCUUUCCACGUUCCUGGCAUUCUGGGCACCAUCAACAACGCGUAUGCGUGCGUGUAUAUGAUCUUUGUGAUCUUUUGGAGCGUAUGGCCACCCGCGACUCCGGUGACUGCGAGUACCAUGAACUACAGCGUGGUUGUCACCGGAGGCGUGAUCAUCUUUAGCAUAGUUUGGUACUUUAUUCGAGGCAGAAAAGUGUACAAGGGGCCCAUCGUUGAUGAGGAAGUCAGGGAGAGAGUGGAGCGCCGAGGUAGUGUCGUGAGUGUGCAGGACAGGCUGUGA